AUGACCCUCCAGCCCACCAAGAAGGAAAAGAAGAAGCUCGGCGCCGACGCCAAGCCCAAGCGCAUCCUCGACGGCGUCUCGGGCGCCGCCAAACCCGGCCGACUGCUCGCCAUCAUGGGCCCGUCGGGGUCGGGAAAGACCAGCCUCCUCAACGCCCUCGCCGCGCAGGUUCCCAGGUCCAAGCGCCUCACCCUCAGCGGCACCCUCCGCCACGACGACGUCUCCGUGGGGCAGGACACGCGUCGCAACCGCAAGCGUCUGAACGACGCCGUAGCGUACGUUCAGCAGCAGGACGUCUUCUAUUCCCAGCUCACUGUUCGAGAGACGCUGGAAACCGCCGCCGCGAUGCGAAUGCCGACGUCUAAGUACACCCAAUCCCAACGAUCCGAAGCCGUGGACGACGUCCUGCGCGCCAUGGGCAUCGCGCACGUCGCGAGCUCCAAGGUGGGCGACGUCAAGACGAGGGGCAUCUCCGGCGGCGAAAAGAAGCGUCUCGCGCUGGCGUGCGAACUCGUGGGCGGUUCCCCUCACGUCGUGUGCUGCGACGAGCCCACUUCCGGACUGGACGCGUUCCAGGCGCAGCGCGUCGUGGAGUCCCUCAAGAAACUCGCGUCGGACGCGCGACGCACGGUGGUGUGCUCGAUCCACCAGCCGAGGGGCAGCAUCGUGGCCAUGUUCGACGACUUGUGCCUCAUGGCCAACGGGAGGUGCGUGUACCAGGGCGCGUGGACCGACGCGCCCGAAUGGUUCGAGCGACUCGGGCAUCCCAUCCCCACCAACGCCAACCCCGCCGAGUUCCUUGUCGACCUCGUGUCGGUGGACACGAGCUCGGACGCGAAGCAAAAGGAGAGCGAAGCUCGCGUCGAAGCGUUGGCGGCGGCGUGGGAGAAACGCGGGAGAAGCGCUGACGUGGACGCUGACGUGGACGCUGACGUGGCUGAACACGCGGCGGAACAGAAGACUGACGAGUCCGCGCCCGCCGCGAGCGCCAAUCGCCGAGCGGGUCUCGCCGCGCAGUUUUUCAUGCUCCUCAAGCGCUCGUGGCGGCAAGUCCGCCGCGACGGCGCCACGAACAAGAUCCGACUCUCCACGUCCAUGAACAGCGCUCUGGUGUUUGGAUCCAUCUUCUGGCGCAUGGGGCUGACGCAGACGUCGAUCCAGGACCGACUGGGUCUGCUGCAGGUCUCGGCGAUCAACGCGGCGAUGGCGGCGCUGAUGAAGACGCUCACCGCGUUUACGUCUGAGAAGGUUAUCGUCAACCGCGAGCGCGCAAGCGGAUCGUACGGGAUGUUGCCGUAUCUCGCCGCCAAGCUGUGCGCCGAGUUGCCCGUCGGCGCUUUUUUCCCGUUGGCGUUCGGCGCCGUGGUGUACCCGAUGGCGGGCUUGCACCCCCGUGCCGAUCGAUUCGCCAAGUUUGCCGGUUUGAUCGUCCUCGAGUCGUUCACGUCUUCCGCCAUCGGCCUCGCGGUGAGCAGCGUGGCGCCGAGCACCGAAGCCGCGGUGGCGAUGGGUCCCGCGGUCAUGGUGCUGUUCAUCGUCUUCGGCGGGUACUACGUCAACGCGGACAACGUGCCGAUGUGUUUCCGAUGGAUCAACAAGUGCAGUUUGAUCAAGUGGGCGUUUCAGGGUUUGUGCGUCAACGAGUUCGCGGGAUUGGAGUUUGAAAAGAGCGGGAAAAAAUACGGCGAUCAGAGCGACGGGGGCGUCGUGCUCGAGCGCCUCGGCUUCGUCGGCACCAGCGCGGGGGACGCCGCGCGCGAGCAGGUGAACGUGGCGUCGUUCUGCUACCUGCUCACGCUCUACCUGCUGGAGAAGAACGCGCCAAAGUUUCAGUCCAUGGAGCCGUGAGCUUGCGGUGAGAGUACGAACGCGAGUGGCGCUACGCUUGUCAAAGUUACUCGCAUCGGGACGCGACGCUAGAAGCCUGUACUCAUAAUAAAAGUGAACGAAUCGCGUCG